CUAAAGAUUUUCGAGAAAAACGUGAUAUAAAAGCUCAAACCUGGCAUAGUUUCUUCAGAUGGAAUAGAGUGGGAAAGUGGACAUCUGAACACAUGGGAGAGAAAAAAUUUUCACGAGUAAUUUGUUGCGAUGACGAUGCACAACCUCCGCCAUUCUUCAGAGAAAUGCCACAUAAUUGGUUAAAAGAGCAUGCUGAUUAUUACGAAAAAGUUUUAACUAAUUAUUGUGCAAAAUGUCCUAAGUUACGUGAAUUUAAAAAAGCUAUACGUCAAAAAAAUAAUCGAAUACAAUCAAAAUUAUUUCGAGGAAUUCUCCCAACUAUAGAAAAAUGGAAACGGCUCGAAAAGCCAAGAGAUGGACGUAAACAAAACUGUCUCGUUUCAAUUCCUGGUUCAUUUGAGAAACAAAAACUAGUAAAAAAUGAUAUAGUACAUUUACCAUUGAAUACGCUUCCUGAAAAGUUUAUAAAAGAUAUAU